AGUGCGGUAGUGCGGUGCAUCCUCCCUGACCGGCGAGAGUUUGGUUGAGAGGGUGCUGGAUGGUGUGGGAGUACCACUGAUGAGAGAGCGGGCGAGAAGAGGGACUACUUUAGCACGCAUUGAAGGGCCAUUGCAUUAUUCUACUGGAUACUGUUAAACACCUGGACCCUGUUUCUACGUCUGUGCGUGGUUGUCUAGUGGCUUCUACUUCUAGUUUCCAGCAGCAAUGUCACAGAGGAGUGGGCAGGAGGACCCAGAGCGGUACCUCUUUGUGGACCGUGCUGUGGUCUAUAACCCAGCCGCUCAGGCUGAUUGGACUGCCAAAAGGCUAGUAUGGAUUCCAUCUGAACGCCAUGGUUUUGAGGCUGCCAGUGUUUGUGAAGAGCGUGGAGAUGAGGUGGUGGUGGAGCUGGCAGAGAAUGGGAAGAAGGCGUUGGUCAACAAGGAUGACAUCCAGAAGAUGAACCCACCAAAGUUCAGCAAAGUGGAGGACAUGGCUGAACUCACCUGCCUGAACGAAGCAUCUGUGCUUCACAACCUCAAAGACCGCUACUACUCUGGCCUCAUCUAUACAUACUCUGGUCUCUUCUGUGUGGUUAUAAAUCCAUACAAAAACCUACCCAUCUACUCAGAGAACAUCAUUGAAAUGUAUAGGGGCAAAAAGAGGCAUGAAAUGCCCCCUCACAUCUACGCCAUCUCAGAGACUGCAUACAGAUGCAUGUUACAAGGCUUCCAGGCUCUGCAAGCAAUGACUGACUGGGGUGAGAUCAGAGAGGGUGACCCCAUUGUGCUCUACAGUAGUUCCUUUAGGAUGGUACAUAUUCAGUGUAUUGAUGCCAUUUUUAAGAUCACCCAGCAGCUAAGGUGCCAAAGUAAAUUGCUCAUUCUAAACAGCUUAGUGUUUCACUGUUCUGAGGAUGUCUACUUGUGUGCAUUGUUUGUUUAUUUAUUUAUUUUGUCUCGCAGAGGAGAGUCGGGAGCUGGCAAGACAGAAAACACCAAAAAGGUCAUUCAAUACCUGGCACAUGUUGCCUCCUCCCACAAAGGAAGAAAAGACCACAACAUUCCUCCAGAAUCCCCUAAACCAGUGAAACUACAGGCACAAAAUGCAGCUAGUGGACCCCUGUUUUAUGGUGAAUUGGAACGACAGCUUUUACAAGCCAAUCCCAUCCUUGAAUCCUUUGGGAAUGCUAAAACUGUGAAAAAUGACAACUCAUCACGUUUUGGGAAAUUCAUUCGGAUCAACUUCGAUGUCACUGGAUAUAUUGUUGGAGCCAAUAUUGAAACAUACUUACUGGAGAAAUCCAGAGCUAUUCGUCAAGCCAAAGAUGAGCGCACCUUCCACAUUUUCUACCAGCUGCUGGCUGGAGCUGGAGAGCACCUCAGAUCGGAUCUGCUUUUGGAAGGAUUCAACAACUACCGUUUCCUGUCCAAUGGUAACCUCCCAAUCCCAGGACAGCAGGACAAAGACAACUUCCACGAGACCAUGGAGGCCAUGCACAUCAUGAGCUUCGCCCAUGAGGAGAUUAUGUCCAUGCUGAAAGUGGUGUCCUCGGUGCUUCAGUUUGGUAACAUUGUCUUCAAGAAAGAGAGGAACAGUGACCAAGCCUCUAUGCCCGACAAUACUGCCGCUCAGAAGCUGUGUCAUCUGUUGGGUAUGAAUGUAAUGGAGUUUACCAGAGCCAUCCUGUCACCAAGGAUCAAAGUGGGAAGAGACUACGUCCAGAAGGCACAGACUAAAGAGCAGGCUGACUUUGCUGUUGAGGCCCUGGCUAAAGCAACAUAUGAGCGACUGUUCCGCUGGCUGGUCCAUCGCAUUAACAAAGCCCUGGACAGAACCAAGCGCCAGGGUGCUUCAUUCAUUGGCAUCCUGGACAUUGCUGGUUUUGAGAUUUUCCAGUUGAACUCGUUUGAGCAGCUGUGUAUCAACUACACCAAUGAGAAGCUGCAGCAGCUCUUCAACCACACCAUGUUCAUCCUGGAGCAGGAGGAGUACCAGAGGGAGGGCAUCGAGUGGAGCUUCAUCGACUUUGGCCUCGACCUGCAGCCCUGCAUCGACCUUAUUGAGAGGCCGGCGAACCCCCCAGGAGUGUUGGCUCUGCUGGAUGAAGAGUGCUGGUUCCCCAAGGCCACAGACAAAACCUUUAUAGAAAAGCUGAUCCAGGAGCAGGGCACACACACAAAGUUUCAAAAGCCUCGUCAGCUCAAAGAUAAGGCCGACUUCUGUAUCAUCCACUAUGCCGGCAGGGUGGACUACAAGGCUGACGAGUGGCUAAUGAAGAACAUGGACCCUCUGAAUGACAAUGUGGCCACACUUCUGCAUCAGUCAACUGACAAAUUUGUGGCUGAACUUUGGAAAGACGUCGACCGUAUCGUGGGCCUGGACCAAGUGGCAGGAAUGAACGAGACAGCUUUUGGUGCCACCUACAAAACGAAAAAGGGCAUGUUCCGUACCGUGGGACAGCUCUACAAGGAGUCGCUCACCAAGCUGAUGGCCACACUGAGGAACACGAACCCCAAUUUUGUCCGUUGCAUCAUCCCUAACCAUGAAAAAAGAGCUGGUAAACUAGAGCCUCACCUGGUUCUAGACCAGCUGAGGUGCAAUGGAGUCUUGGAAGGGAUCCGCAUCUGUAGACAGGGCUUCCCCAACCGCAUUGUCUUCCAGGAGUUCAGACAGAGAUAUGAAAUUCUGACACCCAAUGCAAUCCCCAAGGGUUUCAUGGAUGGGAAGCAGGCCUGUGAGAGAAUGAUCCAAGCCCUGGAGCUGGACCCCAACUUGUUCCGUAUUGGUCAGAGUAAGAUCUUCUUUAGAACAGGUGUACUGGCUCACCUGGAGGAGGAGAGAGACCUGAAGAUCACUGACAUCAUCAUAUACUUCCAGUCUGUGUGCCGUGGAUAUUUGGCACGCAAGGCCUUUGCCAAGAAGCAGCAGCAGCUGAGUGCCUUGAAGGUCCUCCAGAGGAACUGUGCUGCUUACUUGAAGCUGCGACACUGGCAGUGGUGGAGGCUCUUCACCAAGGUGAAGCCUCUGCUGCAGGUCACCAGACAGGAGGAGGAGUUACAAGCCAAAGAUGAGGAGCUCAUAAAGGUGAAGGAGAGACAGCUCAAGGUGGAGAAUGAAUUGGUGGAGAUGGAGAGAAAACACCAACAGGUAAACACGUCUUCUAAUAUUCUAGCAGAACAACUCCACGCGGAGACAGAGCUGUUUGCCGAGGCCGAAGAGAUGCGAGUUCGACUGCUUUCUAGGAAGCAAGAGCUGGAGGAAAUCCUUCAUGACUUAGAGUCUAGGGUAGAGGAGGAGGAGGAGAGGAACCAGAGCCUGCAGAAUGAGAAGAAGAAGAUGCAGACACACAUUCAGGACCUGGAGGAGCAGCUUGAUGAGGAGGAAGCUGCAAGACAGAAGCUGCAGCUGGAUAAAGUGACAGCUGAAGCAAAGAUCAAGAAGAUGGAGGAGGACAUCCUGCUGCUGGAAGACCAAAACUCCAAGCACCUCAAGGAGAAGAAGAUGUUGGAGGACAGGAUUGGCGAGAUGACCUCCCAGCUGGCAGAGGAAGAGGAAAAGGCGAAAAACCUCGGCAAAGUGAAGAACAAGCAGGAGAUGAUGAUGGUUGACCUGGAAGAGCGUUUAAAGAAGGAGGAGAAAACCCGCCAGGAGCUGGAAAAGGCGAAACGUAAACUGGAUGCUGAGACUACUGACCUACAGGACCAGAUAGCUGAGCUUCAGGCCCAGAUAGAGGAGCUGAAGGUCCAACUGACCAAGAAGGAGGAGGAGCUGCAAGCUACUCUGGCCAGGAGUGAUGAGGAGGCAAUCCAGAAGAACAACGCCUUGAAGCAGAUUCGGGAGCUGCAGGCCCAGAUAGCGGAGCUUCAGGAGGAUCUGGAGUCAGAGAAGCUGUGUCGCAGUAAAGCCGAAAAAAUCAAGAGGGAUCUGAGUGAAGAGCUCGAGGCUCUGAAGACGGAGCUGGAGGACACGCUGGAUACCACUGCCGCCCAACAGGAACUCAGGACCAAGCGAGAGCAAGAGGUGGCUGAGCUGAAGAAGGCCAUAGAUGAGGAGACCAAAAACCACGAAGCUCAGAUCCAGGAAAUGAGACAGAGGCAUGCCACUGCACUGGAAGAGCUGUGUGAGCAGCUGGAACAGGCUAAAAGAUUCAAGGCCAACCUGGAGAAGAACAAGCAGUGUCUGGAGAGUGAAAACAAAGAGCUGGCCUGCGAGGUGAACAGUCUUCAGCAAACAAAGACAGAGUCUGAACACAAGAGAAAGAAACUGGAGGCCCAGCUGCAGGAGUUUAUGGCUAGGGCUACCGAGGUAGAGAGGGCCAAGGGAGAGCUGGGCGAACGCUCACUCAAACUCCAGACGGAGUUGGACACUGUGUCUGCUUUGCUGGAGGAGGCAGAGAAGAAGGGCGUCAAACUAGCCAAAGAACUAGAGCCUCAACAGGAAAAUAACGUUGAGCUGCGACAGGAGGAGACUCGUCAGAAGCUGAACCUGAGCAGCCAAAUCCGCCAGCUGGAGCUGGACAAGAACACCUUGCUGGAGCAGCAGGAGGAGGAUGAAGAGGCACGACGGAACUUGGAGAAACAGCUGCAGUCUAUGCAGGCUCAGGUGUUGGAGACAAAGAAGAAGAUGGAGGAGGAUGUGGGAGCAAUGGAGGGCCUAGAGGAGAUGAAGAGGAAACUCCAAAAGGACUUGGAGCUGACGAACCAGCGACUGGAAGAGAAGACCAUGGCCUUGGACAAGAUGGAGAAGACCAAGAACCGACUACAGCAGGAGCUGGACGACCAGAUGGUGGACCUGGACCAGCAGAGACAGAUUGUCUCCAACCUGGAGAAAAAGCAGAAGAAGUUUGACCAGAUGCUUGCUGAGGAGAAGACAAUCUCAGCUCGUUACGCUGAGGAGCGUGACCGUGCAGAGGCUGAGGCCAGGGAGAAGGACACCAAGGCUCUGUCUAUGGCCAGAGCUCUGGAGGAGGCUUUGGAGGCCAAGGAGGAACUGGAAAGGUUUAACAAACAGCUCCGUGCUGAAAUGGAGGACCUGAUGAGCUCCAAGGAUGAUGUGGGGAAAAACGUCCAUGAACUGGAGAAGUCCAAACGUACACUCGAGCAGCAGGUGGAGGAGAUGAGGACUCAGCUGGAGGAGCUGGAGGAUGAGCUGCAGGCCACAGAAGACGCCAAACUGCGCUUGGAGGUCAACAUGCAAGCCAUGAAGGCCCAGUUUGAUCGAGAUGUGCAGGCCAGAGACGAGCAGGGAGAGGAGAAGAAGAGGGCACUGGUCAAACAGGUGCGUGAGAUGGAGGUGGAGCUGGAGGAUGAGAGGAAGCAGAGAACUCUGGCUGUUGCAGCCAAGAAGAAGUUGGAGAUGGACCUGAACGAGCUGGAGGGACAGAUCGAAGCAGCCAGCAAAGGCAGGGACGAGGCUAUCAAACAGCUCCGAAAACUGCAGGCUCAGAUGAAGGACUACCAGAGGGAGCUGGAGGAAGCCAGAGCCUCCAGGGACGAGAUCUUCACCCAGUCUAAGGAGAAUGAGAAGAAACUCAAGGGCUUAGAAGCUGAAGUCUUACAGCUACAAGAGGACCACGCAGCCUCAGAGAGGGCCCGUCGACAUGCUGAACAGGAGAGAGAUGAGCUGGCUGAUGAGAUUUCCAGCAGCGCCUCUGGAAAGGUGUUACUGCUGGAGGAGAAGAGGAGGCUGGAGGCACAUAUCACCCAGCUGGAGGAGGAGCUGGAGGAAGAGCAGGGCAACACGGAGGUGCUCAACGAUCGCUUCCGAAAGACCAGCAUGCAGGUCGAAAGCUUGAACACUGAGCUGGCUGCAGAGCGCAGCGCUGCUCAGAAGAGUGAGAGCACUCGGCAACAGAUGGAACGGCAGAACAAGGAGCUGAAAGCCAAGCUGGCGGAGCUAGAAGGGGCUGUCAAGUCCAAGUUUAAGGCAGCCAUCACUGCUCUGGAGACCAAGAUCCUGCAGAUGGAGGAGCAGCUGGAGCAGGAAACCAAGGAAAAGGUGGCAGCCAACAAAACAGUCCGUCGCACUGAGAAGAAACUGAAAGAGGUCAUGAUGCAGGUAGAGGAUGAGCGUCGUCAUGCCGACCAGUACAAAGAGCAGAUGGAGAAGGCCAACUCUCGUAUGAAGCAGUUGAAGCGUCAGCUGGAGGAGGCAGAGGAGGAGGCUACCAGGGCCAAUGCCUCCCGCAGGAAGCUGCAGAGGGAGCUGGACGACACCUCUGAGGCCAAUGAGGGUCUCAUCCGAGAGGUUACCUCCCUCAAGAACCGCCUCAGACGUGGGGGUCCAGUCAGCAGCCUCUCCACCAGCCGCUCGGGCCGCCGCAACCUCAAUCUGGAUGGCGCCUCCAUCGACCUGUCAGAUGAUGAUGCCGACAGCCGCGCUGGCGACUUUAACGAGACACAAACCCCCAACGCAGAGUAAUCACAGCGACCCUACCAUUGAUUAACUACCCAUCUCCUCUUCACCUCGUCCAUCUGUGUCCUGUGCCCAGUCCUGCCCAGAAGCUCCUUGGCGUCAGCAUGGUCUCUCUCUCCACUAUGAACCACUGACUGGACAGAAGAUUUCCCCUCCCUUUGCCCUUUUUGUAUCUGUGAACACUACAGGGAAAAUCCACCACCCUCCCCUGAAGUAAAUCUUCCAUUCACAGGGGUACACGGACAAUUCUGCCUUACUCUGUUCUCCUCCGGUAAGCUGCUAGUCCUGGCUCGUCUGUCGGCCAUGUAUCAUCACAGCGUAACACCCUCGUCCCACCAGGCGUGAAGUUAUCUGUUCAGCUUAUUGAGAAAUGAUUGCAUAGAUACAAAGUGCUUUUAUACAUGUGAAACUGUGUGUGUGUGAUGUAGAAGGGGGCCGUGAGGUGCGCACAGUGUGUAACGUAUGUGAAUCCACUCCAUACGGGAAAUGCAAGACUACAAGGAGACAUAUUUCACUUUGGUAUUGUUUUAAGUGUUCUGCUCACUAGUUGUGAAGAAGCCAUCUCACCUCCACCACUCCAUCUCUGUCCAGUGUUCAAACUCUCCUUAAAUCCAAGCUCAAUGCGUCCAUGGGAUGUCUGCUGCUUGAGUCUCCCUCUGAUGUACAGACUGAUGUUCAGCUUCAACACUACAGGAGUGACCGACAGCUCGGGACCUGCAAAACAACAGCAGCAGCAUGGACUCUGUGAACUGCUAAUGUAUUACUGUGAAAAACGGUAUUUUAUAUUAUGUUGCUUUAUCUCAACAUUUAAUGAAGGAAUGUCUAUCUGGGUUUUCACUGGUGACUAUUGGGAACACUACUGGGUUGUUGCCCAGUGUGGAGUGGCAUGUGCGAUGAAUGAUGCAAAGAUAUUGGGAAAUGCACAGGAAGCAGUUUGAAUGUUUAACUGGAAACCAACAGGAAACAACACUCUUAACUGGAAGCACUACAGUGAUGCUCAGUCCAUGUUUUGAAUGUGAUAAUAAAUGGUCACAGCGUAGUUUAAUGUAAUUCAGUUAGAAAUGGUCUUUUUUUUGCCCACCACGUUUCAGUGUUUAUGCCUCACAUUGGUUUGUAUUAUCAUUACAAAGUUGCAGUUUUUCUUUAUAAUAAAUACAUGUGAUCUUUGGGACGCCAGUACUGACCACUGAUUGUAAGGUUUUUCUAAAAUCCUGAACUAUUCUAACCAUCUGGAUAAGAAAAAUAUAACUCCUAACUUUUAAGACAGCAUAGAUUACAAGUCUGAGGUGCUCAGAAAUAUGGACUUUUCAAUAGAUCUACAAUGUCACAACAGCUAUGUUUUAACCUGUGUGUAUCCCAGGCUGCAACUACUUGCUAAUUUAAACAAAGAUCGCAGCUGGAAAUUACAGUUUAUGCAACAUGAAACAAAAUUACACCAGGAGGUUCAAUCAUAUUUAAACAACAGUAACAUUUUUAAGAAGUCUCUGCUUGAAAGACAGCAGCCACCUCAAUGGUUAAACCACCCCAGCGUGCGAACGACUCACUGUGACAGUCACGUCCAUCAGCUGUUCUACUUUGAGUCUUUUCCUUUAAUUCUGGUUAGGAUGGUCGUCUAUAGCAGAGUCCUUAGCCCUUCUCAAAUACUAACACUUAACUAUGUUUCUUUAAAAGUGCCUUAGACACUAAAUAAGAACAUAAGAGGGCAAGAAUUUCAUUAUAGUUGUGGAAGAAAACCUAAUGAGCAACCAACCGGUACAUCAAGAAGAUAAUGCUUUUUUGUGCAGCCUAUUUUUGCUGUGCUUCUUAUAUCUGGUGUGUACCUCUAUCUUCAUAAUAACCUAGUUAGGGUGUUUGGAUCAAAAUCAGUAUUAGAAUUAAUUACGUGAGAAGCAGAGCCUUCGGCAGCUGUAUUUCCCUGAAUUAUUUUUGUCCUAAGAUUUUUUUUUCCCCCCCAACUCACAGGUGAAGACUUAGCACUGAAGUUUGGGAAAUGAUGGUUGGAAGCUUUAACAUCCACAAGUAGUUAACUCGUUUUUUUCCUUUAUUAUCAUGCUGGCUGUUGACAACCAAGCAUUCAACUGCAACUACUCCCAUCGUAUUAUUUCUUGUAUACCUGUAUUUCUAGACAGUUUUUUCUGUUUCCUUUGUAAAAGAAAAAUAAAACAUUCAUUGUAGCUGUGA